CCAACAGUAUCGGCUGCUGGCAGGGAUAUGAGAGAGUCCCACCACAGCGCGCGCGCGUCAGAUAAUUACUUUAGCAUUAAUGCUUGUAGCUUUGGAGAAACUUAUUUUUAGUUGGGAUGAAUGUCUGGUAGAUGGAAAAUAGUGACCAGAAUACCCCCCUGUAGAAGUUAGAAGACGAUUUAGACAAAAGGAAACCAAGAUUACAUCCAAAUGGAAAUUGAUGAAGACGAAAAGGUCCUGAUGAGUGGGACUUACAGCUUUCACAACGACAAUGGUGUGGUGGACUCACAGCCUUCAACGAUAGGUACGCUUGUAGUCAAAGAGCGGGAACAGUCACCGGCCGCCUCGCAGACGACACGAUCCGAACCUGGCGGGAAACAAAUCGGACCUUCAUCUUCCUCUGUCCCAUUUGACGACGCUCACUGUGAGAGAAACUGGACGCAAACGUUGUUUUCCUGUCAAUCUGAGGAUCGAAAAUGUUGUAGUCUGUGUUGUUGCUGGCCGUAUCACAAAUAUAUGGUGGCUACCCGGCUUGGUGAGACUCCGUUCAUGGCUCUUAUUCCGUGUGCUGUCUUCGCCCUCAGAAUCAAAGUUAGGACCUUAUUCGGCAUAAAGGGUUCCCUAUUAGGAGAUUUCUGGGCCUCUAUGUGCUGUGAACCCUGUGCCGUGUGUCAAAUGACGUCAGAGUUGGACUCCUUGGGACUUUGAGUGUAAUGACUAUCAUAACAAUUCAGAAUAUCUAAAACAACUAAUGUAUCUUUAUAUGUUCCGCAAGUGCCGUUGUAUACAAUUAACUUAUUACGGUAUACCGGGAACUUUUUGCCGCAGUUUAAAUUUCGCCUUUAUUGCCCUCUGCAACGAGGGCGAAUUUAUUAUUACGGUGAAUAUAGGUAGACAACAUAAUAUACAUAGGUAUUUUAUUUAAAGGACGAAUUGUACGCUUGGCGAAAAUUGAGAGUAAGGGAGAAGGGCGAGAGUUUGACUGGGCGAACAUUUCGCGGUAUUCAGUAUGUCAUGAUUAUUGCCCAAUUAUACCAGUGCAUAAUUUUACUUCAAAAUAUGAAAUUAUGCAUCACUGAUCAGAGUGAUCAAUGUUAUGUAGAUAUCGAAUCAUCAUCAUAUAUAUUAAUAAUCUACAACAUAACCUUCAUGUGUGUUUAAGUUAUUGUUUUACAAUAAAGUCAAAUCGGGAAUUUGCAA